GAAGAAGGAGGCGUCAUUCUCAGUCCUAUUUAUGGACGUGUGUUUGGUUAAAAGUAAAUUUUAAACCAUUUUUUUACGCAAUCGACAAUUUCUCGUGAAUUUAAAGAGUUUAAAGGAUUAUUUAGUGUUUAAUUUGUGUUUUUAACAUAUGCUUGGUGCCUUGGAGUAGUGAUUAAACGUAGGAUUCGUAUUGAGAUCAAGAGCAGUUUGCCGCCUCAUGCAACGCUAGAAUUAGUAUCUCAUGUAGUUUUCCUCUAGUUAUUUACGGUUUUAUAAUUUUUGUGCUUGCUUUAAGUAUAACUCAAGAUGGUGGAUGUUGAUAAUUUAUCUGAUGCAGAGCUUCGAACAAAACUUAUGGAAUAUGGUUUUCCCGUUAUGCCCAUCACGGGAACAACCAGGAAAGUUAUGGUUAAAAAACUGAAGCUUCUUUUAGAGAAUAAAGAUAAGAUUAAUAGCGAAGGAAGAAGGUCUUUGGCUCGUUAUUCAAGUGACGACGAUAGCGAAUCUGAAACAAAAAAGAAUAGAAGGGACAGAAACAGGCGUAUCACGGCACCACCAACAAUUUUGACUUCUUCAGCCAACAGAUCCAAUUUGCGUCGUAGUAUUCGUCUGAAUGACAGUGAUGUUGUUGAAAGUCCCCGGCCAGAAUCAAAACCUGAUGCAAAAUUAAGUAAAAUUAAUACCAUUUCCUCAAGAAAAACCACCGUUACAACAUCAAGAGAUGACUUUGACACUGGUUCUGACACUGAACCUGAAGUAAUCGAUAGUGAAGACAACUCAUACAGGCAUGACACCAGCAGGAGCUUUGAAACGAGAUCUGAUUCUCCAUUGAAGUCAACUGUUCCUCCUCCCUAUGGAUUUCUUAAUAGGAGCAGUCUUUCCCCUCCUAAAGCAACUACCACCGAAAUUCCCAUCUCCAGAGAUGUGCCAUCUUCUUUUGUCUCUUCUAAACCAUCUCCUUCUCGAUAUUCAAGUUACACAUCAGCAUCCUCUUACUCUGACGACGCUUUGGAGCGACUGAAUCAGAUUCGUUCAAGACUGAGUCUUGGAAGUUCUGCUUAUGAUAAACCAACUGCCACAUAUACCUCUUCAAUUGAUAAUAACGUCGACGAGCCUGCUGAGACUCCAUUUUUGAGUAAUUUCACCAAAAGAUUGAGUCAGAUGAGUGCUAACAGUCCCAAGAUGACAGAUUAUGGAUUCAAGAGUGACAUCAUCAAGGAGAACGAUAUAAAUGGUCCCGGCAGUUACACCAGAAGUUAUCUGGCAAGAUCCGGUCGUUACAGGGAUUUGGGGUCUCGUUAUCAACGUCAGGACAGCAACAUGGGUAACAUAGUCCGUAACAAUAUGGUCUCGUUGGCAGUUGUAGGGGUGGCAUUCCUCUUCUUCGUCUUGAUUGGUGUCAUGUAUUUGGGCAUGCGCUCCGACAGUUCUGCCCUUGAUACAGCUGGAUACGUAAUCCCGUAUUGUGUUUCAAACGGUCAAAAUUCUGAUAAGGACGAAAAUUGUAUAUUGGAUAACGAAGUAAUGGCAGCUAUAACGCUAAUGAAGAAAAUUAAACCGGAAUUGGAACGGCUGGCCCUGAAAAAUAGGUGCUCAGAUCCGUCAGUUAAGCCCUACCUGUCCGAAGACGAUAUUAUUAAUUAUGUUACAGAUACACAAAGCACUCAGGGUAAACGAAACAUAAGUCAAGAAGUAAACAAUCUAGAGUUGUUAAUUUUCAAAAAUCCAGAGUGGGGAAUCUCUAUAGUUGAAGCUGCUGGUGUUGUUACAGAGGCUAAUGUUCUUAAAAGUAUGAAACAAGUUAAAAUUGAAAGAGCCCUCGGUAAUGUGGGCUUGGCUGUUCUAAAUCCUCCCCUUCCCUGGAGUUGUAUUAUAUCAAAUAAGCUCUUUGCAAUAAUUAACACUGCAGUAGUGGUUGGAGGCGGGUUUUUACUAAUUUAUGGUCUAAAUUUCCUUUAUAAGUCGUACAAACAAUAUCAGCAAGACCAAAAAGACGAAGUCUUCGCAAUGGUCGAGAGGAUCGUUGAAAUAUUACAGAAUCACGUGGAAGAAGAGAAAGAGAACAAUUUCCUUGUCAUAAACCACGUCAGGGACAUGAUCGUUCCGAUAAGUGAUAGAAAACUGAAACAGAGAACUUGGGAGAAGGCCGUAAAAUUUAUUAAUGAGAAUGAAUCAAGAAUACGCACAGAAAUUCAGGUGGUACAAGGCGAACCUUACGAGGUUUGGCGAUGGCUGGGUAAUCCCAACAUGAGCUCUACAGAGUCUCCUCGUAACAAGUCAUGGCAAGGCCAGGCGUUCGAAACGGAAGUUGGAUCGAUGAACAGUCUCCCCUGUUCACCGACCCCGUGCCUAAAAAUCAGGGGCAUCUUAAACACCGAGGCUAUUUUGGCAAAAUGCGCCAUUCAGUGCAAAAUUUUGCAUUGCGCUGUGGACAAUAAUGCUAAAUGUAUUUAUUUGAAAUGCGCAAGUCAAAAUGAUGCAGCAGUCGCCUAUAGAAAUUUACAUGGUUGGUGGUACGCCGGAAGUCUGGUGACCGUUAAGUAUGUCCGGUUGGAACGGUACAUGCAACGGUUUCCGGACUCCCCAGUUUACGGUCCCCCUUUUCUGAGAGCUCCUGCGUCUACAAUCCUAACUUAAAUACACACCGGACUCAAAAUGUAUCCUUCUGUAGUCAGAUUUGGUUUCUAUUUUAAUUUUGGUAGGUUCAUACGUUAAAUUUUGUCGUUUAUUGAUAAAUCAAAUUGGAACUAAAGAAGUUCAUGUUGUACACAGAAGAAGAAGGAAAGAUGUUGUUAUUAGAAAAUUUUGGCCCUUGGAAGGAAAGGGAGCGAAAAUAUUGUAUAGGUGUUUGAGAUUAUUGUUAAUUGGUUUUAAUAUUUUUGAUAUGAUUUACUAUUAUCAGUACGAUUGCACAUUAUUGCAAUUGAGACGCUGCUUAAUAAAGAGCAAGUUCUUGUUGAUGUUUUAUCUGUAAAAAAAUGAUUAGGACAAUUAUUAAUAUUAACACGUGUAUAUGUUUAUAAAGAAUUAAAAAAAUAAAUAAAUAAAACGCACUGCGUCGAUCAUACAUAUAUCAACUGUCGUAGAUAUAAGUUAAUUUUUACGUAUUAAAAGAUUGCCUAACAAUGUUUUUAAUGUAUUUAUUUUUGUAUGUGUCUUAGGAUGUAGCCAUUUAGAAUAUCAAUACUUUAUACUACAAACCCGAAGUUUAA